AUGAAAAGUGACGUAUGUGCAUCGACUUCACUAAUCUCAACAAAGUAUGUCCUAAGGAUAGCUACCCCUUACAGCGGAUUGAUAACCUCGUGGACAGAAUGUCGGGCCAUAAAUUGUACAAUUUUCUUGAUGCGUUUUCGGGUUAUCAUCAGAAUCCUCAAGGCUGAGGAAGAUCAAGAAAGGACGUCUUUUAUGGCUGAUUCUGCCAUCUAUUGUUACAGGAUCAUAUCAUUUGGACUAAAGAAUGCAAGAGCAACAUACCAAAUGCUUAUCAAUAAGGUCUUCGCUAACCCGAUUGACAAGAACAUUGAGGCCUUUGUAGAUGACAUGGAAAGACGUACAGAAUUAACAAGUCGUGUUGCAGCUCUAAAUAGGUUCAUAUCGCGAGCCGCGGACAUGUGCUUUCCAUUUUUCAAAGCUUUAAGAGGUAACCAAAACUUUGGUUUGAAUGAAGAAUGUGAGUUAGCCUUCAAAGAACUCAAGCAAACAUUGGCUAUACCCCCGGUUCUUACAAAACUCGAGCCUGGUGGCAUUUGUAAGUAUUUGGCAGUUUCUGAAAAUGCAGUGUGCAGAGUAUUAGUGAAAGAGGUCAACUAUAUUUAG